AUGCGAUCGGUCAGCUACGUGCAGCGAGUAACCCUGGAGUUUAGCGGAAGCCUUUUCCCGCACGCGAUUUGCCUCGGCGACGUAGACAACGAUGGGUUGAAUGAGCUGGUGGUAGGAGACACUGGUGGGAAGUUGUCAGUCUACAAGAAUGAUGACACCCGGCCGUGGAUCACCUGUUCCUGCCAGGGAAUGCUUACCUGUGUUGGGGUCGGAGACGUAUGUAACAAGGGAAAGAACCUGGUGGUGGCCGUAAGUGCCGAGGGCUGGUUUCACCUGUUUGACCUGAUGCCAGCCAAGGCUCCAGAGGCCUCUGGGCACCACGACGCGCUGGUGGGCGAGGAGCAUCGACCGGUCUUCAAGCAGCACAUCCCUGCCAACACCAAAGUCAUGCUGAUCAGCGAUAUCGAUGGGGACGGCCGCUGUGAACUCGUGGUGGGCUACACGGACCGGGUGGUCAGGGCCUUCCGAUGGGAGGAUGCUGGGGACGCCGGGGAGCAUGUGACCGGACAACUGGUUGCCCUUAAGAAAUGGCUUCUGGAGGGACAGGUAGACAACCUGUCCGUGACGCUGGGACCUCAGGGAACCCCUGAACUGAUGGUAUCCCAGCCAGGCUGUGCUUAUGCCAUUCUGCUGUGUACCUGGAAUAAGGGACCCCUGCCUGUCCCUGAGGAGAGUAAGAGGUGUGAUUCGGGGAGCAGAGAGACCACUGCUCUCCGGGAUGUCAUCCUACACCAGACAUCUGGCCGGAUCCACAAUAAAAAUGUCUCUACCCACCUCAUUGGCAACAUCAGGCACAGCCGAAGCGAUGACAGCAGUGGCUCGAGUCUCUUUGCCCUCUGCACCCUUGAUGGAACUCUAAAGCUCAUGGAGGGAGCAGAUAAGCUACUAUGGUCAGUACAGGUGGACCACCAACUUUUUGCCCUAGAAAAACUGGAUGUUACGGGCAAUGGAAGUGAGGAGGUAGUGGCAUGUGCCUGGGAUGGACAGACAUACAUCAUUGAUCACAACCGAACUGUGGCUCGAUUCCAGGUUGAUGAGAAUGUCCGUGCCUUUUGUGCAGGCCUAUAUGCCUGCAAAGGAGGUCAGAACAGCCCCUGCUUAGUGUAUGUGACCUUCAACCAGAAGAUUUAUAUAUACUGGGACGUGCUGCUUGAGCGAAUGGAGUCCACCAAUCUGGUGAAGGUGCUGGAGGCUGAGCCCGAGUACCGGGGCCUACUACAGGAGCUGGGUGUGGAUCCUGAUGACCUCCCUGCAGUCCGAGGACUGAUCCAUCAGACACUUUACUAUCUGGAAGAAUCCCAGCCAGACAAUCCUUCAAGCAACCCAGAGCCUUCCUAACCAGGGACGCCUUCCCAGGGGAUGAGGGACUUCCUUCCCCAACAUGGAGAUGAUCAGAAUAGAGUGAUGUGGAGACUUGGCACCACCGUGACAGCAGUUCAACUGUGGCCUUCCCUGGCUUCCUCACCACACCAUCAAUUCAUGGGCUGGAUGCUCCAUCCUAUCCUGAACGAUACUUUUUAUGUAGUGACUGGGCACAGUAUCAUUAAUGAUCAUUAGUGGGAAUGCAUCUUCUUUCUUCUAACACUUUUACAGAGAGUAAGAUGUUUCUUAUUUAUGUUCAUCUUUAGAGCAUCUCUGAUACUUUUCUUCCCACAUUACCAAGACAGAGACUUGGGGCAGAGAAGGAAAGAGAGCAUAUUUGUGGCAGAAAGGUUAGCUGAAAAUAGAAAAAAUAAUUUGACCUGACUCUUACCAGAGUCAUGUUCAUAGCAUCAUAGAGGUGGAAGGGACCUCAGCAACCAUCUAGUUCUGUCCUCUCAUUCUACAGAUGAGAGAACUGACAUUCAGAGAGUUUUAAGUGAUUUGCCCUUGGUCACAUGUAUUGUUAAGGUUUUUGUCAGGGUUAUAGACUUUGCCACUCUUCCCUUCUCCUCCCUCCAAAUUCUGUGAGGGGCCAUUUGCCUGGAAAAUUACCAUUUAAAACCUGAUGGUGGCUUUUAGUUGAGCAGCAGUUCAUCGUAGGAGUCUAUUAGAGUCACUUUUUAGGCCUGAUUGGGCCUGUCUGCUUUCUUCAUUCUCCUUCUGGAUUAUACUGUUCUCAUUAAUCAGCCCUAUUUAUAUGAACCAGAUGGAAUCCAAGUUCCAUUCUUUCUCCAGCUCCCAGAGGAGAGAGAAAUAAUAACAAUAUGUGGCAUUUAUGUAGUACUUUAAGGUUUGCACAGUGUUUCAUAGGCAUUGCCUUAAUCAUCAGGCUUCUUCUAGCAAAGAUAGAGCUAAUGGUAAGAGGCAGCCAGAAAAGACUUUACAUUAGAGAAAUAGGGUUUAUUCUAAUGUAGAGACUUUUGGACUGGGACCUGACAAAGAGCAGCAAGAAGCAGACAGAGGUAAAGAAACGGGGAGAGACUAUGGAAGUAGAGGGCACAGGAAAAUUAGAUUGAAGGGAAUAUGAGAGACUUGUUUAGACUAAGAAUAAGGCAAGAGCUCUUGGUCUUUUGUUUUGGAGGGUUUGAGGAAAGAGAUCAGGAAAGGAGGUAUCCCUAUUCUAAUCCACCUCCAUCAAGGCAAGAGAAUGGGGAGGGAUGGUGGGGGGAGAUGAUCAUAAGAGACUGGAGAUCCAGUUCCUACCUAACCUAGCCUGUAAGCUAGAGUCAUCUCUUUCCCUGCCCUAUGAGUCAUGUCUUAGAAGAAGGGAAACAACCAACCAGAAAGGCACACUGGGGCCUGACUUUUUUUCUGCAGAGAUCCUCUAAAAGUGAAAGCAAGGGAGAUUCUUUUCUUUCUGGGCUCAGCACCCAGCCCGGUAAAUGUAUUAGGAUUCUGGGUAGAUGAACUCUAGGCUUAAGGAGGUCAAGAUGGAAGGGAUAAAGAGUCCUGUGGCAAUUAGAUGGAACCCCAAGGUUAAAGCUAGGGACUUCUACUCCCAUCUCUUGUGCUAAGGAGAGAAAUAUUCCCCAGAGUAAUACCAGGCACUGAACUGUUCAGACCCUUUGCCCCAGUAUUCCCACUAUUAAGCAUAGUCCCUAAGGAAGUUAAUAACAGAAAGAAAGCUCCCAUACUAACAUAUAAAAUAGUCACAUUAGCAUUCUGUGGUGGCAAAAAAAGCCAACAGCAAAAAAAUUGGAAAUAAAAUGGUUGCCAAUCAAUUGGAAUUGAAAAGACUGAGUAAGUUGUAGUAUUUGAAUAUAAUUGAAUGUUGCUUGUAUUAUAUGAAACAGCCAAUGUGAAACAUUUGAAUAAAGUAGAAAGAUUUGUGUGAACUAACGAAGAAUCAGAAAAUAGAACCAAAAGAACCACAUACACAGUGACUAUAAUAAUGCAAAGAGAAGUCACACACAAAAAAAUUGUGCCAAAUAGAUUCGUUAUAGUAAUGAGUUUUGGUGAUAAGGAAACAUUCUUCCCAACUCUCCAUAGAGGAGUAAGAGGCAUAGGGUAGAAGAUGUUACAUAAGCUAGUAGAUGGCCAAUUUACUGAGUGGAUUUUACCUUAAGACUUUUUGUUAAAAGAGGAAGUCCAUGGUGGGUAUUUGGGGGAGGGAGUAUAUUAAGAAAUGGCUAUAGUGUAAAGAACAAAAGCCAUUAAUAAAAAAACUAACAAUUAGGUCUAACACCAGACCUCUUACUGGGCACAAAAAUAGUUGAGGGAUGAAAAGGUAAAACUACAAGUGAGUUUAUACUUCAGAAAAAUCUAGGGGCUAGCAUAAGAUCAAUGACAGGCAUGGGAGAGGGCAGCAGGGGAAGUGGGUUGGCACUCUAGAAAAACCAACUAUUAAAGAGCUGAUAUACAAGGAGUUGGAAGGGUAUCAGAGAGAUUGGGAGACCCAGAGUGUCAGAGCAGGCUCCUGUGAAUAAACUAAGAGGUGUAACAGUUAGGUCAUGGACAUUAGGAACAAAAAGAUGUGGAUAUUGAGGCAUUAAGGAACAAUAUUAUGUAUCGGUGAUGGGGACAAUUCUGUCAGUACUUCAAAUAUCAAGUCCUGUGCCCCAUGUUGCCUUA